AUGCAGAGAGAAGACAGCUCUGCUAAGAAGCGCUUCAGCCCCUCACCAGACCGCUGCCAAGCUCCAGAACCUCGCUUGGGGAUCUACCUCCGCCAGAAGGCAGUUGGCCAAGUUCUUUUUGGCUAG